AUGCAAAGUUUUAAAGAUACAAGUAAUUUAAAUUUUGAAUUACAGUUUGACAGUUCAAAAAAGUCAGAAUUACUGGAUGAAUUACCAGAAUUAAUUUUAAAUUUUGAAAAAUCUGCUGAAAGUAAUAAAGCUAUAGAUGAGCAUUUUGACUCCUUAAGUAAAAAGUUAGAUAAUUCAUCUGAAUACUUAGACUGUGACACAGUUAUAGAUUCUCUACUACCUGAUAAUUUGAUGAAUAUGGAAGAGGAAGAUGAACAUCUUCUUGAAUCUUUAAAUAGAGAUGCUCAAGAUGAGGACUCUGAGGAUGAUAAUACUGAUUUAUUUUUCGAUGAGGUAGGAAAUAAAAGUUUACAUGAUAAAUCAAGUAAAAAUAUCUCACAUGUGAAGAAAAACUCGAAUAAUACUAUAAAGUUUGACAAAUCUCAGUGUGUUAGUAAGUUAGAAAAAUUGAAAAAUGACUUAAUUUUACAAGAAUUUAAAAAUGAAAUAAACAAAAUUAAUGAUCAAGUUAAUAAUGUGAAAACUUCGGAAAGAUAUGAAAAUUUAAUGAAAUUAAUAUCGGAAAACAAUUUAAAAAAUGAUGAUGAAGAAAUCAUCACGGUGGCACAAAAUAUCAAUAAUAUUGAUCCUAUAACAAAAUUACCUAUUGUGAAAGGGGUAAAAAAUAAAAUUUGCGGUCAUAUUUAUGAAAAAAGUAGCAUCACUCAAUUAAUUGCAAGAAAUCCAAAAACGAAAUGUCCAAUCGCAGGGUGUGUUGCAGCCGAUUAUGUGCACUUAGAUGACUUGAUUUCAAUUUAG